GUUGUUUUAUGACUUAAAAAGUUUAAAAUUUAUUAUCUCCGAUAAGAAGGAAUAAAACUGAAAAAUAAAUGGGAUGUUAGAAUUAUUUUGUUAAUUAUUUUAUAGUUAGCAUGUUACAUAAAUUUAACUGUUUUUGUACGUUAAUUGUAACUUAACCUCAAUCCUUUAUUCUGUUUUAGUAUUGAAUAACUUUAUGUCUAAGUUCUAUUUGUAAGAAAUAUUACUAAAUAUAUCAUCAGAAAUGUCCAAAUUUCUAUUUAAAUCAAUUAGAUCGUUUUUAAUUAAGAAUAACAGUAACGUAAAUCAGUAUGUUCAAAAUUGUAGUAAAAGUUGUAUAGAUGAUGCAGAUGGGAAGGAAAAGAAAAGAAAGACUCAAAGAAUUCCCAAAAUUACACUUAUACAUACAGAUAAAUCUAUUUCUGUCAUUUCAUUAGAGGAAGCAGAAAAAUUAGCUAAAAGGCGGAAUCUUGAGUUAAUACACGUAUCAAAUAUAUCUAAAAGUGGUAGAAGUGUUUAUGAACUUGGAAAUUCUUUAAAGAUUGACGAGAUUACAAGCAAUGCAGCAAAAACACAUAAAAGUGAACAGAAGAUAAAGUCUGCUAAGCUAUUUACUAUAAAACAGAAUAUUAUGGAUUAUGAUUUAAAUGUAAAAAUUAAUAGUAUUAAUAGAGCGUUAAAAAAAAAUUAUAAGGCUAAAAUAUUUUUUUCCCACCCUAAGGGACUUCAAGAAGAGGUGAUGGAAGAAAUAAAAAAAAAGAUACAGGGAGAUAUCUCAGGAACACAGAAGAGAAAAGAUAGUACUAUACUUGUAUAUUGUCCUUUAUUAAAAGAUGAAAAUAUUUCUUCAAACGAAGAUGUUAAUGAUAAGUAAUAUACUGAAAAAGUGGGAAAAUUAAUAAAAUCUUUCAUAAUUUUAUAUGACAGUAUAUUCUAAUAAAUGAUAAAUUAAAAUUUAUUGUAUCAUAUAUGGAUCUGUCUUGUAAAAUUGUGUAACAUAAAUGAAUAUUAUGUACAUAGGACAAGUUAAAAUAUAUAAUAUAGUAAUUUUCAA